GCGUCUCCGUGUCUCUUGUUCUACCGCACAGAGGAGAGAAAAAAACUCACUUCCUGUUCCGGUCUCUUUGACAACAACCACGAUGGCGGCGUCGGGCGCAGAAUCACGACCAGUUCGAGGGAAAACGAACCCGGAAACCGGCAAACUGGAGUUCUUUCUGGACGUCCCGUUCCCGACGCCCCAGGAGGCCGAGGUCGCUCUGCGCUCCCUGUCCCCGGACCGAGAGCCGAGGAAAGGAGGCAUCAGCAAACAGCUGACGAUGUCCGGCAGCACGUUGUCUGUGAGGUGGAUCGCAGAUGAAGCUCGAAUCCUCCGAGUGUCCGUGAACUCGUUCCUGGAUCAUCUGUCACUCGUCGUGGAGACGAUGGAGACGUUCGGGCCGCCGGUUCCUCAGUGAAGCUUCUGCACCGGUCCAGAACUCUGAGUCUCAGAGGGCGUUUGAGAAACUGGCAACUUUGAAUCUGUUGAAUCUGAAUGUUAUGUUGUUCAACUGGAACAAAGAUGCCGGUGCUUUGACUGACAGGUCGUCGUUUUUUUGGUAAAGAUUUUCUCCAGAUGUGUAAAACAUGUACAUUUAUAUUUUGUGUCCAUCUUUGUUUGUGUCUGCACAAAGUUCAAUUAAAUUGAUUAAAAAAAGUCUUGAAAUAGUA